UAAAAGAAUUAAUAUUAUAUUCGAAGUUCAUUAUUGAUCAUCUAGUUGAAAAAUCGAACAGACAUCAGAUUUUUAAUUCUCUUAGAUCACUGAGAAAAAUUUGAGUAUUUAACAAUGAAUGAAUCGUUAAUUAGAGGGAAAUAUACAAAACAGUUGCUUGUGUGUUAUCAUGGCAAAGCGCAUGUUCCAUGUUUAUUAUAAUAAGCCCGUGAAGUUAUACUAUUCGUAAAAUAUCUAUUUGUAUUACUGUAUGAUAUACAAGAAAUAAUAUACAUAGCGUGUUUGCAAUAUAUACAACUACGAAAAUUUAUUUACAUACUCAUUAAUUAAUACCAAUUUAUUCGAAUUCAAAUCUAAAGAAAAGCAAUCUUAGAUUAAUUGUGAAUACAUUGACUCGAAACAAAAUUUGCAAUUUUGGUCUGGAAGAUCAAUAAUUCAUUAAAGUAGUGCAAAUGAAUGUUUAUAAAGUUUCUUGAAUUUGACAGUGAAACAACGAAUCAAUAUUACACAUUUGAAAUAUUUUUUAUUAAUUAUUAAAAAAUACAUUACAUAUUCUCUUAUAAUUUUGACCAACAUAGCGACAUUUUAAAUCUAGAAUAAUGGAGAAAAUAGAGAGUCAACCCAAAUCUGCUAAAAAGAAAAGUAACAAAACAUUUGUAGAUGUAAUUACACAAUGUGUUCAAGUAGUAGUACGGUGUCGUCCAAUGGAUGAAAAAGAAAUAUCUCGAAAUUUUACAAAAGUUGUAGAAAUAAUUCCUGCAAAAGGAGCUGUAGAAAUUCGUAAUCCUCGGGAAGAUGUAAAUAAAGAAACUGUUAAAGUGUUUUCAUUUGAUUCUGUGUAUGAUUGGAAUUCCAGUCAACAAGAUAUAUAUGAAGAGACAGUACGUCCAUUGGUUUCUUCUGUACUUGAUGGAUUUAACGGUACAAUAUUUGCAUAUGGACAAACUGGAACUGGGAAAACUUAUACAAUGGAAGGUUCUAAAAACCAUAUUGAUAAACGUGGUAUUAUUUCUAGAUCAUUUGAACAAAUAUAUACUCAAAUUGGAAGAUCAAAAAAUAUUCAGUAUCUUGUAAGAGCCAGUUAUUUAGAAAUUUAUCAAGAAGAAAUUAGAGAUUUAUUACAUCAAGAUCAAAAUUUACGUUUUGAAUUAAAAGAAAAGCCUGAUACAGGAAUUUUUGUAAAAGAUUUAUCAAGUUCUGUUUGUAAAAAUGCAGAAGAAAUUCAGCAUUUAAUGAAUAUUGGAAAUCAAAAUCGAACAAUAGGAGCAACAAAUAUGAAUGAACAUAGUUCAAGAUCACAUGCAAUAUUUAUUAUUACCAUAGAAAUGGGAGAUAACUGUGGAAUUAGAGUUGGUCGUUUAAAUUUAGUUGAUUUAGCAGGGAGUGAAAGGCAAAGUAAAACAGGAUCAUCAGGGGAAAGAUUAAAAGAGGCUAGUAAAAUUAAUUUGAGUUUAUCUGCUCUAGGAAAUGUUAUUUCAGCUUUAGUGGAUGGAAAAACUUCACAUGUACCAUACAGAGAUUCAAAAUUAACAAGAUUACUUCAAGAUUCAUUAGGUGGUAAUUCAAAAACAAUAAUGAUAGCAAAUAUUGGUCCUGCCAGUUAUAAUUAUGAUGAAACUCUUACCACAUUAAGAUAUGCUAGUCGUGCUAAAAGCAUUAAAAAUAAACCUAGAAUUAAUGAAGAUCCUAAAGAUGCAUUACUUAGACAAUAUCAAGAAGAAAUUUUAAGACUUAAAGAAAAAUUAGUACAAAAAGGUCCAGGACAGCGAAAAAAACGAAAGUCUAAAAAGAAAAAAGAAACUGAAAAUGAUGAAUCAGAAUCUGAGACAGAAGAUAGUCAUGAAGAUAAUAAUAAAAUUUCAGAAACUGAUAAAAAAUUGAUAGCAGAACAAUUGAUAGUUGAGAAACAAGAAACUGAAAAUUUAGUGCAGAGAAUAAAGGAACUAGAAAGCAAAAUGCUUUGCGGAGGUAAAAAUAUUAUUGAUCAUACAAACGAGCAACAACGAGCUUUGGAACAGAGAGCCACUGAAAUUGCUGAACGCAAAAAGCGUGAAGUAGAAAUGCAACAAAAGCUUGAAGAUGAAGAACUUACUACUUUAGGUGUUCGUGAAACUUUUACAACUUUACAACAAGAAGUUGAUGUCCAAUCUAGGAAAUUAAAAAAAUAUUAUGCAAAAUUACAAGUUUUAAAACAGGAUUUAGAUGAUGUCACAAAUGAGUACAAUAGGGAUAGAAGAGAGCUAGAGCAAACCCAACAUGAAUUAAUGAAAGAAUUAAAAUUAAAAUGUCUUAUUAUUGAUAAUUUCAUACCAGUUGAAGAAAAACAUAAAAUUCUCUCUAAAGUAAGGUUUGAAGAAGAUGAAGAUUGUUGGAUAAUAAAAGAAUCAGAAUGUGCAAGUGUUGAAAAUAUUAAACGACCAGUUUCUGUUCCUGGAUUAAGAAGACCAAUAACUGAAUAUUCACGUACUGCUUUGGCAAUGGGUAAGGGUUAUCGAUAUGCUAGUGAAAAUAUUCUAAAUUUAAAAUUAGAUAUGCCUGUUCGCACAACAUUUGAUUACCAAAAACCUGUAAUUGCACCUACAAUUCAAGCUGUAUUGGAGAAAGCAUUGUGUGAUGAAGGGGAUAUAGAUGUAGAUGCUUCUAAUGCAAGUUUUAGAACUAAAUCACAAUUGCAAUCUGCACGAAUUCGUCCUAAAAGUGUUGGUAGAGUUCAACAAAUACCAGCACCAGUAUAUCCUAAAACAAGAGGAUUAGUCCCAAAAUAAUAAUGUAUUAUUCAUAAUACAUUCAUAAUUAAUAUUUACUUACAA